CUCUGCCUCAGAAGGACGCAGAUGUCCCACACAGCAAUGGAUUUACCAGAAUAUAUCAAACAAGUCCUCUGAAGAUUUCAAUAUCAGCCGAGAAGGACAAGGGAAAGACAAGCAUCAGUUAAAAAUAGAAAAAGAAGGAAAGAAAAAAGACAAGCAAAAGAAAUAACGGAGGAGGCGAUUAGCGCCAUAAGAAUUCCUCAAAGGAGUUGGAUUUAACAGAUUGGUAACCUUGCCUCUGUGAUUAUGAUGGGACGCUGCGUCGCACAGAUGUUGGUGCUAAUCUUUGCUCUUCUUAUGGUGCUUGGUGUCGGUGUUUCGUUGGGUCAGAAUGACACCGAACCUGUGGUCCUGGAAGGGAAAUGCCUGGUGGUGUGCGACUCGAACCCGUCCUCGGACGGCGGUGUGACGUCAGCGCUUGGCAUCUCGGUGCGCUCAGGGAGUGCCAGGGUUGCAUUCUCGGCCAUCAGGGGCACCAAUCACGAGCCGUCUGACAUGAGCAACACCUCCACCACCAUCUACUUUGACCAGGUUUUAGUGAACAUCGGCAACCAUUUUGACUUGAAGGCCAGCGUGUUCACUGCACCGCGGCGGGGAAUUUACAGUUUCAGCUUCCAUGUGGUGAAAGUCUACAACAGACAAACCAUCCAGGUGAACCUGAUGCACAAUGAAUACCCCAUCAUAUCUGCGUUCGCCGGAGACCAGGACGUCACGAGGGAGGCGGCGAGUAACGGAGUGCUACUGAUGGUGGAGAGGGAGGACCGGGUUUAUCUCAAACUAGAGCGAGGAAAUCUCAUGGGCGGAUGGAAAUACUCCACCUUCUCUGGAUUUUUAGUUUUUCCCCUCUAAUUGCUCUAAACAGCUGCAGACUCUUUUUUUUUAAAGAGCUUGGAGGUAUUCAUAAUAUGCUGAAUAUGGACCCUGGAGUUUGUGUAUUAAUCUUAUAUAACCAGAGCAAGAGGAACUCGUUUGGAUUUUAUUGUUGGGGGAAAAAUAUAUUUAUAUAUCUUUCACCUGAGAAUGAAAGUGGACAACUAUUUAAAAAGAACGAAGAUGGAGAACUUGGAUUCUGGACUGCGUAUAUUUAUAUUGACCAAUGCUUUUCGUUGUGUUUGUAGAGCCUUAAAGAUUGCUGUGAGGUUGAUUGUGGAGCUGCGGACCGUCCCGAUUCCAGCAACGCGUUACUAAAGCAAAUUUGUUUUUGCACGAAUGGAAGAUCUUGUUUGUCUGUGGUGUUCAUGGUGUUUCCUUUGGACGCUGAACAUAGUCAACAUAAUGCCACACAUAGGCUGCCUAAUAUACAGUGAUUAUAAAAACAGAAAAAUAUAUAUAUAAUAUAACCAGCCAAUGGAGACAACAUAAAAACUGAAUGGUUAUCAGAAUUUAUAAAGUACAUAUUAUUCACAUGGUGUGUUCUACAUUCCAGAUCUGCAUUAACUUUAACUGAUUUGCUGUUCCGUGAUCCUGCUCACAAAUGUGCAUUGUGGAAAAAAAAUCCCUAUAUGAUGUCCCGCCUAAUAAAAUAUUGUAUUGUA